AUGUCCUCGGCUACAUCACGCUCGCCGCCUCAGGACUCCGUGCCUUUACUACCAGUGCCAGGCUCCGGGAGAAAGUUCCGCUCCACAGCGGCGGCGUUCAAACAUAUGCGAAUCAUCAAGCAACGGGACUCCGAGGCCCUCUUUGCCUCCUUGCUGACGCAACCGAAGAAGAACGCUGCUCCCGAGAAGGCUUCGCGCAGGAAGCCGCAGCGGUUGUUGGCAGGCGCAGGAGGUGGAGGAGGCAAAAAGCAAGUGCCGGGCGCGGACCAGCCUGCUGUGGGAGGUGUUCCUUUGAAACUACCGGUUCAAAUAUCGUGGUCAGAAGCUCGCACGGCGCUGGUGGUAUCGGUACCAGUCCGCCUCCAGGGCCUCCGCCGAGUGAUACAGAAGGAUGUUCGGCUUGCUGCUCAUGGCAAUGACACGCUCAGAGCGUACCACGAGGCGGUCGCACUGAAGGAGGAGAUCUUAGCAGACCCGGAGAAGUUUGCGUCCACCAAGAUCCGCCCACGGCGCAACAACUUGAAGAAGGCGGCGCCUGGCCCGGUUGCGCCACCGGGUGCAGUUAUACCGUGAGUGUUCAAGUAUCGAAAGGUCGCGUGAUGAAGGUGAGUGCGCUCAUAGCCUGGCUUGUCGUUUGGUUCGGUGUGUGAGGUUGAGAUGGAUCUCGUGCUGAGGAGUUUACUUUACUUUUUUUGUAGACUUUAGGUCGAAUUGACGUCGCCAGCUCCUCCUCCAAUCGAUCAAAAACGGGGAGCGGUAGGACACAGAUGAGAUGGUGCGUGUCGUCUUUCGCUUUAUAUACAUGAGGAAAUGCAAAAAAAAAAACAAAAGCUUUAGCGUUUUAUUUUUUUACAUUCGUUCGAUUUACUAAACAAUCUAAGCCGUGGAUUACCUGCUAAAACAAUACUUCUGCUUCAUCUCUUACUCUUUCUUAUUUCUCUCUUUGGCAAGAAUUACCCUCGUUGAGGUUUUUAGGCUUUUGGGUUUUAGGCUGUGGUCUCCAUCUCGUUCUUCCUUGCCUCAAAUCAUUUGAAGCAGAUCCGGC